CAGCGCUAGCUGUUCCUAUAUACCUCCGCGUAUGGCCAUCUACUUAUCAGAGAUAUAUAGAAGCCUUGUUCUUACCUCUGCUCUUUCACUUUCUCUCCGAAUUUCGCAGGUUUCCGGUUACAUAUGUAACAGGAGGUGAUGUUGUCUUUUAAUUAGAUAGCUGCUUUGCUAAUUAGAAGAUGGAGAUUAUUUACCAGCCCUACAUCGAUCCGGAAUUCGAAUCGCUUAUAGAAAGAAUCUAUCCUCCCAGAAUUUGUAUAGACAAUGACGCAUGCGAAGACAGCACGCUUGUUAAGGUUGACAGUGCAAAUAAGCACGGGAUUCUACUAGAGAUGGUCCAAGUCUUGACAGAUCUUGACCUUGUUAUAUCCAAAUCGUAUAUUUCCUCAGACGGUGGAUGGUUCAUGGACGUGUUCCACGUGACAGACCAGCUCGGAAACAAAAUCACCGACGAAAGCCUGAUUCUUUACAUUCAGAAAGCACUGUGUCCGAGCAGGAGAGAGCUGAGAUCGGACCACGCUUCGACUGAGCAGACGGUUUUAGAGAUGACAGCGACUGAUCGACCGGGUCUAAUGUCUGAGAUGUCAGCGGUGCUGCUCGAGCUUGGGUGCAACGUCACCUCCGCCGUGGCGUGGACCCACAACACCCGUGUGGCCUGCAUACUCAACGUGGAAGAUGGGUUCAAAGGGGGCCCCAUUAGAGACCCUAUUCGGCUGACCCAUGUGGAGGAACAGCUAGGGAACGUGGUGGAGGCCCAUCACGGGAAGGCCGGGGAGAGGAGUAGCCUGAGGUUGACGGCUCCUGUGACGGGCCAGACCCAUAAGGAGCGGCGGCUCCACCAGUUGAUGUAUGCGGACAAAGAUUAUGAGUGGCAUCAUGGUUGUGAUGGGGAGCAUAAGGAAAAGAGUUGUGAUGUGUCGACCCACGUUUCAAUAGAGACUUGCAAGGAGAAAGGGUACUCGGUGGUAAAUGUGAGGAGUAGAGACCGUCCCAAGCUAUUAUUUGACACCGUGUGUGCUCUGACUGACAUGCAGUACGUAGUGUUUCAUGCAGCGGUUGCCUCCAAGGCCACCAUGGCUGAUCAGGAGUACUUUAUACGGCACAAGGACGGGUGCACUUUGGAUACGGAGGGCGAAAGGCAUAAGCUAUCACAAUGCUUGAUAGCAGCUAUAGAGAGAAGAGUGUCGCAUGGACUUAGAUUAGAGAUCUGCACUCCGAACCGAAUGGGACUGCUAUCGGACAUCACACGAGUACUUCGAGAGAACGCGCUGUCAAUAUCAACGGUUGAGGUCGGGACAAGAGGUGAGAGAGCAGUUGGGUCGUUCUAUAUAAAGGACGCCUCAGGGCAUGAUCAUGUGAAUCCAAACAUAGUAGAAGCAGUAAAAAAAGAGAGUGGUGGAUCAGUCCUUGCAGUUCAGAAAUCCAAAGAAGGGGCUCCUUCUCAGGCGGCUUCCUCAUCGAGAACAAGCCGAAGCAUUACCAACAGCGGCACAGAGGAUAGGCCCAGAUUCUCACUCGGAAGCUUGCUGUGGUCUCAGCUCGAGCGCUUCUCCGGCAAUUUCGGUCCUAUAAGAUCAUAACUCAUUAGUGUUCCUAAACUCAGCAACUUUACUUCUUCCGUACGUACGUGUUGUUACUCGAUCAUGGAUGUGUCUGUAAAUAAAGGUUGGGUUGUACAUCGCAAGUCCAGUAGUUUCUCUCUUCCCAGCAAUUUAGAUGAUAUUACGGCUGUAAUUGAUUCAAAAAGGUAUGCAUAGCUCUUCAUAUA